AUGUGGUUCUUCGCGAAGGACAUGAAUAUUCCUGGUGAGGGACUAGUGAGGGACUACCUUACAACGGACAGAGAACUUCUCAGGGACAAGAAUACACCUCGUGAGGGACUAGUGAGGAACUACCUUACAAGGGACAGGGAACUUUUCAGGGACAAGAAACCACCUCGUGAGGGACUAGUGAGGAACUACCUUACAAGGGACAGGGAACGUUUCAGGGACAAGAAUACACCUCGUGAGGGACUAGUGAGGAACUACCUUACAAGGGACAGGGAACGUUUUAGGGACAAGAAUAUACCUGGUGAGGGACUAGUGAGGAACUACCUUACAAGGGACAGGGAACGUUUUAGGGACAAGAAUAUACCUGGUGAGGGACUAGUGAGGAACUACCUUACAAAGGACAGAGAACUGCUUAGGGACAAGAAUAUACCUCGUGAGGGACUAGUGAGGAACUACCUUACAAGGGACAGGGAACGUUUUAGGGACAAGAAUACACCUCGUGAGGGACUAGUGAGGAACUACCUUACAAGGGACAGGGAACGUUUUAGGGACAAGAAUACACCUCGUGAGGGACUAGUGAGGGACUACCUUACAACGGACAGAGAACUUCUCAGGGACAAGAAUAUACCUCGUGAGGGACUAGUGAGGAACUACAUUACAAGGGACAGGGAACGUUUUAGGGACAAGAACAUACCUGGUGAGGGACUAGUGAGGAACUACCUUACAAGGGACAGGGAACGUUUUAGGGACAAGAAUACACCUCGUGAGGGACUAGUGAGGAACUACCUUACAAGGGACAGGGAACGUUUUAGGGACAAGAAUACACCUCGUGAGGGACUAGUGAGGGACUACCUUACAACGGACAGAGAACUUCUCAGGGACAAGAAUAUACCUCGUGAGGGACUAGUGAGGAACUACAUUACAAGGGACAGGGAACGUUUUAGGGACAAGAAUACACCUCGUGAGGGACUAGUGAGGAACUACCUUAAAAGGGACAGUGAACUUCUCAGGGAUAAGAAUACACCUCGUGAGGGACUAGUGAGGAACUACCUUACAAGGGACAGGGAACUUCUCAGGGAUAAGAAUAUACCUCGUGAGGGACUAGUGAGGAACUACCUUACAAGGGACAGGGAACUUUUCAGGGACAAGAAACCACCUCGUGAGGGACUAGUGAGGAACUACCUUACAAGGGACAGGGAACGUUUCAGGGACAAGAAUACACCUCGUGAGGGACUAGUGAGGAACUACCUUACAAGGGACAGGGAACGUUUUAGGGACAAGAAUAUACCUGGUGAGGGACUAGUGAGGAACUACCUUAGAAAGGACAGAGAACUGCUUAGGGACAAGAAUAUACCUCGUGAGGGACUAGUGAGGAACUACCUUACAAGGGACAGGGAACGUUUUAGGGACAAGAAUACACCUCGUGAGGGACUAGUGAGGAACUACCUUACAAGGGACAGGGAACGUUUUAGGGACAAGAAUACACCUCGUGAGGGACUAGUGAGGGACUACCUUACAACGGACAGAGAACUUCUCAGGGACAAGAAUAUACCUCGUGAGGGACUAGUGAGGAACUACAUUACAAGGGACAGGGAACGUUUUAGGGACAAGAAUAUACCUGGUGAGGGACUAGUGAGGAACUACCUUACAAAGGACAGAGAACUGCUUAGGGACAAGAAUAUACCUCGUGAGGGACAAGUGAGGGACUACCUUACAAGGGACAGGGAAAGUUUUAGGGACAAGAAUAUACCUCCUGAGGGACUAGUGAGGAACUACCUUACAAGGGACAGAGCACGUUUUAGGGACAAGAAUAUAUAUAUAUCCAGAAAAGGACUAGCUAAUACUUAA